AUGAUAUGUUCUCACACAGGUGAAAAGGAAGCAGCAAUGGAAAGCUUACAACAGGCCAUUACAACGCUUGCAGUGCUUGAUGUAACAGCAGGUGCUGUGGUGCAGAACCCCUGGACAAGUCUGAUUGCAAAUGACAUCAGUACUAAGAAGCAGUUCAAGAACGUAAACAAAGCCAUAGCAAACUAUCGUAACGCUAUAAGCCGAGGAGUGUCAUCACCAAUAACCAAUCAGGAUGACCUUAUCCGUGAGGUAAUGCGAAAAAAAUGAGCGCUGGACCAACUCAGUAAAUGCAGCUAAGUGAAAGCGUAAAUAAUUAUAAAGGAAGAGGCUGACUUAAUCUUAGCUGAGGCAUCGACCUAAAGCAUACAGCCAAACUGAUUGUGGAGCGCUAUAAGAAAGCUUAGUAGCUCCUGUUUUGACAAUAUCCAUCUCAUUUCUAACGUCAGUCUCACGUUCGCAUUUUAUUUUUGCACAAAGUGAAAGCUAGAAUGAAUGUGCCGUCCAUUCUAAAUUUGCUUUAACUUUCAUCUUCUUUUGAAUAUUAUUUUGAAAACAGCCCAAAAGAUUCCAUAAGGAUCUUUAUGGAAUACCGGAAUUAUUUCAGUUCCUUUAACCUGUUCCGUAGACCUGUAACAUGCAUUUGAUAAUUUCCAUGUCACUUGCACGAUAGACAGAUCCGAAGAUUUCGAGACAAUUGUCAUGAACGUUAUUGUUUGACAAAUGGAUCCAGCUUACCCUUUGGUCGUGUUUAAAGAAUAGUUAGAGCGUAGUUUUCUAUUUCUCUUCAAAAACUUUCAUGUGACUUUAGAUCUGCGCAUGCUUCCACAAGAUGGUGAAACAGGCAAAACAGCCAAUCAAAGCUGAUCAAGCUGAUACACUUUACUGGUCAAAAGCCUUAAGCGAGAUACUUGGCAACCAAUCAGAGCUUUUAUGGUCGGUACAUCAUGGAAAAUGGCACCUUUUAAAUGCCUUGUUUAUGGCGCUACAUUCUCUUGUUAUAAAUUAAUAAUAAUAAUAAUAAUAAUAAUGAUGAUGAUAAUGAUGAUGAUGAUCAUAACAACAAUGAUAUCGAUUAUGAAAAUAACAAUAAUAAUAAUAACUAGUAAUAGUUGACACUACAGCUGCCCCCGCUCUGUACAUAUUCGGUCAAUAGUAUUCUUGCUCCUUGUGUAGCUCUUUGAAAUAUACCGAUUCAUAAUGAAGAUUUUCACACAUAUUCCAUACAAUAGGUGAGAUAAAUACAGGAAAUAAACGCAAAGUUCCAUGCGCAGUUUCAGUUUGAUUUACACAGCCUUGAUCAUGAAACAUUCCCAGUUUCGAGAAUAGUUUAUUCUAAACCAUAGGAAGUAUUUAAUUAGAAGUUUACUUUUUCGCUAUUUCUAUUUCACUUUUUACGUUUCGUUCAUUUUAUUUGCCGGAAAGUAAGCCUUAGAAAUUAAAAGGACGUCUAGUCUUAUUUCAAACUUUAUAGCGGAAGGACACCUGUGAGCAGGGAAAAAGUCAGCACAGAAUUUGAUGGUCGGCGAAUUUCUGUAAUCGUCCAUCGUUCUGCUGGUGAUAAGCUAGCCGUUGAAUCAUUCACUCUUCUUGCUUGUUUGGGGCCCAGUCUUAUUCCGGUUAAAGAAAGAAAAAAGAGUGCCUGGCAAGGUUUCCACUCAAAGAUUUGUGAACUCGUGUCUGGCAAACUCACUUAGUGUUAAAAUAUACACUGUUAUACGCACCUUAUAACUUCAUCUGCGCUUAACGAGUGUCUUUUGGUCCAUAACUUUCAUAACAACUGCUCCACAGAAUGUCAUUGAUAACACGUAACCCAAAAGAGUAUCGAAGUAUAAAUGCACAAUUAAUGUCACAAAAUCUACCUAUUGUAAGCGGUCCCUUCGGGAUUUUUUGUGUUUUACGUCAUCCUAACCAUUUCUUACUUGCGGGCGCAAACAAUAGAAACGUCAUCAUUACCUACCGAUUCCUCGCGGGCCCUGUUUAAGCAAAUCGAGAUUUUUUCUAUAUUGACUGUAUGACUGUAUAUUUCAACUGUAAGUACUGUCCUUAAUAUACGCGCGAGUUACUAGAGUGCCUCCUCGGGAUUUCGCCUUCUGGGCGAAAUCCCUGCGGGGGCAAUACUAAUAAUAAUAAUAAUAAUAAUAAUAAUUAAAUCGAUCAGCGGAUCUAAAAAUAGGAAACGCUGGUAUAAACCAAUGAUCAUCAAUUUAAAUGUUUAAAAAGUAUUGAGAGGGUUUUCUCAACUGCUAAUUAAUAGACAUAAGAUAAAUUAAAUUCGAAAAAAAAUAUGCAACACAUUUUUGUUAUCUCCUAUAUCUAAGUGUCUUAAGCAUCGAAACAAAUGCAAGGUUCCUUGGCGAGGUCCAGUCUUUACCAGCGGCUUUGGCUGUUUAGCUCGCGGAAAAUAGAGUUCACUGAUAUCACUUAGGUCCUUGCCUCGGAGUCCAGAUCCCAAAACAAAUAUCCUUGCAGAUGCCUAGGACAAUUUAAAUUGCUUAUGAUCUUAAAAACUACUUGUAAACUAACAUAGCGUCGCCUAUCAAAAUAAGGAUAACAGUCCGAGCUUUUCUCGCAUUACCUGAAGUCGCAUGGAGUUGUUAGUUCUUGAGAUUAUUCUCAUAGCCUUAUUUCCAGAUAUGCUAUAAAGUAAUGUUAAUUAAUCCACACAUAAAAAAACUGCGAAAGGAUAAAUUUAGUUUUAUUUCGAAGAUUGAAGCAUUGAAGGACACUGCUAUCGACGAAUUCAAAUCCGUGGUAUCUUCUCUUCCCGAGUCAGACGACACCUUGAAGUAUCUUAACAAAGCAGCAAAGUGGAGUAAAGUUGGGACAGCACUUGACGUAUUCGGAGCUUUUUUUGAUGCUAUUGCAAUUGGUGUUAAUGCCUGGGCUUUUGACUCGGCUCGCAAGGAUGGCAAUGAUGCUGGAAUGGCAUCGUCUGGUCUUAGUAUGGCCGCAGGUAAGUUCGACAGCCAAACUACAUUCCAAUUCCGUGAAUCUGAUUGGCUCUUUUAUUGGUUGCUAUAUAACAAUGAUACCACGAGGCCAAGUUUUCUAUGAGUGAGUAAUCAUCGAGGCGGGGCCGAGGAAACAAGGACAAGUGGUCUAAUUUUUUUAGUAGACAUCUAGUAAAUUGUGCUUUGGUCUUCAACAUGAAAGUCAAUGCUGACGUCGGCAUUUUUCGGGUAAACCUUAAAUGGUCUCUUGUUCUUAAAGUUUCCUGCAAUUUGCCUUUAAAUACAAAAUAUCAAGAUCGUUCAAAAUGCGGAACAUGGUAACGCGUGAACUAAUGUACUCUACCAGCUAUCAAGUCAACAGGGAGCUGGUCACCAUGCUAAAUAUGCCUGUUACUUACAUUUUAUGCGAUUAAACGUAGGGGUCACUACGAGUUGCUAGAAUUUAUUUUAUUUUUUCUCCAAUAUAUCUCGUGUUGUUUUGUAUUAUGAAAAAAAAAAAACACAUUUCAGUCUCCUUUUAUAAAGUUGAGCUGCAGGUUGGCUAAAUUUUGCUGGGAAAAGACGAAGUCGUGCGACCUUCCCUAGAUGCACAGGACGCGUGCGCUCGUUUUCAAAGCUCAAAGAUGCGAUUAUACUUCAGGAAUAAGUCUAUUUUCUCAUUAACUAAACACAAGGUCAUCAGUAUUGGGGAAUACUGUACCGUGGUCACGAGAGUAUGGACCAAGUAGAGUGUUUUAAAGUACGUGCGUUUGGUUUUUGUCUUGGGCCAACAGAGAAGUUCGGGAACGCAAAACCAAGGCAAUUGCUAAAUUACUUUCGACACGCUACUGAAAGCCGCUCUUUGCUUACAAUAUUUCUUUGCAAUAAAUGUACAGUAACCAUCAAUGCUCAUGUUCUGUUUAUGCUGACAGGUAUUGUUGGAAUAAGUACAUUCAUAUACUCCGUAGCAACUGGAUCCACAAUCGCAGGUCCUCUCGGCGCCAUAGUUGGCGCUCUCCUUGGUCUUGUCGCCACCUUGAUUGAUGUCUUCAGCAGCAAUCCCUCGUCCAAUAUUGACGCAACCAUAAAAAAUCUGCGGACUUUGACGCAGUAUUCCAAAGACGAGUUGGACGAUACCAGGAACUUUUUGCUUCCUCUUGGAAAGUUCGGCACAAUAUACGAGAGCAACGCAGCCAACAUAAUCGAGGUUUUAGGCAUGCCACCCGCUCCACUCUCUUUCAAACCCCUAACCGGAGGUGCGACGUCUGGGGAAUACCUUGGCGCUGGUAAAUUUCGCAUGGUCGACUUGUCAAAGUUUUCAAAUGCCUACUGGACCGUUAGUGGUACUGAACCCAUCGGAUACGACUUUUACGGAAAAAGAGAUGAUAAAAAGUCGCAAGGUGUAACCGUCUUUGUCGAUACCAAACUUGUAAAGACGUCUGGAAGACCACUCAAGGGUGCUGUGAUCCAGACAUAUUCAGACGGGUACGAAAAUUAUUAUAUUCAUGAUCACGUGACCAUCGAAGACUUCGGAAACCUGAAACCUGGUCAGACCAUUAAAGUCAAAACGGGUUACGGUAAUGACGUCAUUGCUAUUAAUGGUCCUGUGGGCAAAUUCACUUCCGACUUUAGUAAUGUGCUCGAUGUCACCACUGGUACAGCUAAAAAUGAACUGACUUUCGGAGGGAUACCAAGGGCGCACGCGCAUAUCAAGGGAGUGUACUUUAAUCGUAUUAACGAACGUGUAGGGUUUUUUCAUGGCUCAAACCGCCAAAAGCACGAGUUUGGGACCAUCAAGGGCAUAGUUCUGGUGCGUGGAAGCCCUUUUAACGAUCACAUUGUCCUGCAUGGCAAUGAUUUCAGGGUAGAACAAUCUCAAGGACAGAAUGUCUACGAAAUUGACCUCAUCCAUGCAAGUACAGAUUCCGGGGGAAUUACGCAGACCAUAGUUGAUGACAGUGGAAAGGUUCCCAGGAUCCGUGUGACGUCAUCGGGGGAUAUUGGAGAAGAAAACUUCGAUUACAACCACCCGGUAACGAAUUUCAUUUCUGUAAACCCUCCUCAUUUCUUUGUGUAAUAUUCAUUUUUCUUGCCGUUACUAAAAGUAAUCGCAGCCGAGAAUGUAAAAUUAAAGAAUUUUAUUCAUCGCUUUAACAAAUCCUUAUUGCUAUAGUAAAUACCAACAAACAAACCAAAGCACAUGACAAAAAGUAAAAUGCGUAAAAGUAUCGUUCUUCAUGUUCGUCAUGGCUAACAUAUUUCACAUAAAGCAAUCUUUAGCUUUCAAUGACGAAAGAUAAAAUUAGAAACGUUUUGAAGAACUUUCAGUUAUGCGCAAUAAGGCUGUACUUAUUCGGAUAGCUCUGGUUUGAUUGCCAGGUUGGAGGGUCGGAACUACGGGAAGACUGAGAUCCAACUCUUCGCGCAAGUAUUCUUCAGCGGCCCCGGUACCCACUUGUGCGAUAAACAUAAGCAGAGGCUUAUGCAAAUGAGUAAUCGUUAUAGGGAGAACAGACACAAGCGUAAAAAAUGAAAUCCUUUUCCUUUUCCCUUGCUUGUGCUUAUCUUACGCUUGUGAAUUUCACUAGUGGGAAACGGCGUGAGAUGAGCAUGCGCACAAACACAGGCUGCUCAUCCGCCAUCCUGAAACAGUCUUCCCAGAUGUGCUUCUACGCUACUUGGGUAACCUAUGAAAACCAUAAUUGGUGCGAUAUCAGGCAUCCCAGCUUGGUUGUGCUCUGUCUCUAUCCUCAAAGUUUCUGGAAUUUGACCGUUUUCAAAUUACAUCACCUGCUUUUAAAGGGGCUCAGCCCUAAUGACUGCAAUUUUGGUGUUUUUUGUCAAGAUUAUGCUAAACAUGUUACAAGAAGAAGAUUUAAAACUGAACUUCGCCUCAUGGGCUAUUGUGCUACGGGUCUAAUUGUUAAGUAUUUCUCUCUUUGGUAUCGAUAGGAGCUCAAGAUCUCCCUAAGAAACGAGGACGGCUCCUGGUCCUUACUUCGCACACUGAAGCUCAGUUACAAGGUAGAACCAUUGGUGGAACUGUACGUUAACGGCAAAAUAACAAAAAACCUGUACGUUGGCUGGAUGAAGAAAGUCCAAGUUACCGGUGAACAGUAUAACUACCAAUUCCUUUCCGACCUAACAGGAACAGACAGGAAUGAUCUCGUCAAAAUUAUACGACCAGGUUCUGGGCCGAAAAGCAGCCACACCGUGGAUCUGAAGGAAGGAGACGAUGUUUUGGUACUUACAGAAAAUCUCAUGGAUGUGUACAGUAUCAAAUCAGGUAUUCUCCAUUAUCACGGUAAUUUUAGAGUUUGAUGUAGUACAAACAAAGAAACUCCAUUAACCUUUAUGCAAAAACACCUGGAAGAUAGUAAAAUGAGCAUGUUUAAGAGAUUUGUCUUUUAAGACAGCGACAGAAUUUAACUGACGUUUGAACUGGAGAAAGGAAAUGUUUGUCCGCCUUCAAACGUCUGUAAAAAAGUUUUACAUUUACGGGACUAUAUCUCCAGUAUUUAAAAAAAAAAUUCUUAAACUUGGCUCUUUUAACUAAUUUUAAGGUGCUUUUAUCAGCAUUGUCAAAGAAUCUUCGUCACCUGACCUACAAGAAAAUCUACUGAAAAGUGUCUGAAUAUUCCUAUUGCCUAUUCCUUUCGCCGAGUACUCUGUGGCUCAUUUACGGCUGUGAUUCUAUGGGAAACGAAUUUUCACUAACUUUCUUCUAAACUUUACAAAGUUAUUUCUUGCAAGUGAAGGAAAGUGGAACAAAAAGGGGGAGUAGCGGUGUCCGUAUUCACGUUACAGGACUUUGGUUCAUAGCCACUUUACUACCCAAUGACAGCACUAUUGAAAGACUUCGCCUUGAGAGAGAGGCACCCAUUACCUCCAAACGUUAUCUCUGGCAAUACAAUAUAAUGUGCCAUACUUGGGGCGGGUACUUCAUAUAAUGGCCUAUACGGAAAGAAAAGGGGGCCUUUUAAUCUUUGUAGCAUUUGAAGGGAUAGGGAAGUUCAAAAUUUCAAUAUUCAACAUUUCAGAAUCUGAAAUAUCAAAAAAUAGGGACUGAAUCGAACGUUGAAUAAUUAAAUCCAAGUAAUACGACAAGAUUGUAAAAACUGAGUAGAAAAUCUUGGGCGAAAUUAGAGUUUGAAUGGUCUUUCUAUAGUAACAAGGAGUGAGGGAGACAUUUGUUUUGCUUUAUGUCAUCUUUCAGAUAUAGCAAAAGGGUACAGUUGUUUGUGUCACCAUUUUAGGAACAGUUGUUAUGUGAAAGGUUAGGGUUUAAAUGUCCGUCAGUGCCAGAAAAUUUUGUCGCCCACGCCAUGCCAACAACAGGUAAAAUUCGUUUAGCUGGGCCAGCAUGGUUGACGACAGCAUGAGUUUCUAAAACAUCAGUUUGCGUUGUUUAGGCCACAACACGCUGCAUUUGGUGUUUAAUGGUGUGGAUUACGUGCUUCAGAUCAGAAGCGUUGACUCCAGCUACAUUCGCCAUGACGUCAUACUCCGUGAUGUGGAGUUUAUUAUGAAUGAAGACCUCGCUACUCUGGUCGACAUGAAAGCAGCGGAGAGCAACAACCUUGAUUUGGGGAAAAUUUACAAAGAUGCUCAAGAUUUGAGUCGCAAGUGA